AAACCUCUUCAUUUCAUCCACUUCCCCGCUUCUAGCUAAUCCACUAAACCCUAGCGCCGCCGUAGCCUCCCGCCGCCGCCUCCGCCGCCGUGAUGAAAUCCGUAGCUAUCUCAUCACCUUCCUACCUUGGCCCCCACCGUCUCCUCCACCGUCCUUCCUCCAUCCGCGCCUCAGUUUCCACUCCAGAGGUCGAGUCGUCGCCGCCGCCAGCGGCGUCGCCUCUCAAGCUCAAUCGCUACAGUUCCCGCAUCACGGAACCGAAAUCCCAAGGCGGAUCGCAAGCCGUCCUCUAUGGUGUGGGUUUAUCGGAUGAGGACAUGAAGAAGCCCCAGGUGGGGAUUUCCUCUGUGUGGUAUGAGGGCAACACUUGCAACAUGCAUCUCAUGCAGCUCGCUGAGGCUGUUCGUGAGGGCGUGCGAGAGGCUGGGAUGGUCGGAUUCCGGUUCAACACCAUAGGUGUCAGUGAUGCGAUUUCCAUGGGAACCAGAGGUAUGUGUUAUAGUCUUCAGUCGAGAGAUCUCAUUGCUGAUAGUAUUGAGACUGUUAUGGCGGCGCAGUGGUACGAUGGCAAUGUUUCCAUCCCAGGGUGCGAUAAAAAUAUGCCAGGCACAAUAAUGGCAAUGGGACGGCUCAAUCGGCCUAGUAUCAUGGUCUAUGGUGGAACAAUCAAGCCUGGUCACUUUCAAGACCAUUCCUAUGAUAUAAUUUCUGCAUUCCAGUGUUAUGGAGAAUAUGUUAGCGGGAAAAUCACUGAUGACCAACGCAUGAGUGUUGUACGCAAUUCAUGCCCAGGAGCAGGGGCUUGUGGUGGCAUGUAUACUGCCAACACUAUGGCAUCUGCUAUUGAAGCAAUGGGCAUGUCUCUUCCUUAUAGCUCAUCUACACCUGCUGAAGACCCACUUAAGCUAGACGAGUGCCGUUUAGUUGGGAAGUAUCUUUUGAACUUGUUGGAAAUGGACCUGAAACCUCGAGACAUCAUCACUGAGAAAUCAAUAAGAAACGCAAUGAGAAUUGUGAUGGCGCUUGGUGGGUCUACCAAUGCUGUGCUGCAUUUGAUUGCUAUAGCAAGGUCUGUAGGUUUGAGUUUGACUCUUGAUGAUUUUCAAAAGAUUAGUGAUGAAGUCCCUUUUCUUGCGGAUCUCAAACCUAGUGGUAAAUAUGUGAUGGAAGACUUACAUAAGAUUGGAGGAACACCUGCUGUGAUUCGGUUACUUUUGGAGGAGGGAUUUUUGGAUGGGGAUUGUGUGACAGUUACUGGUAAGUCUCUUGCGGAAAAUGCUAAACUUGUUCCUGGUUUGGCCGAAGGUCAGCAAAUAAUAAGGCCAUUAUCCAAUCCCAUCAAGGCAACAGGACACAUCCAAAUACUGUAUGGAAAUAUUGCUCCUGAGGGUUCUGUAGCCAAAAUUACUGGCAAAGAAGGACUAUAUUUCUCUGGUCCUGCUCUUGUGUUUGAGGGUGAGGAGUCAAUGAUUGCUGCAAUUUCAGAAAAUCCGAUGAAUUUCAAGGGCAAAGUUGUAGUUAUAAGAGGCGAGGGACCCAAGGGUGGACCAGGCAUGCCUGAAAUGUUAACACCAACAAGUGCAAUAAUGGGAGCUGGUCUUGGGAAGGAAUGUGCCUUGUUGACAGAUGGUAGGUUCUCCGGAGGCUCUCAUGGAUAUGUUGUCGGUCAUAUAUGUCCUGAAUCACAGGAAGGUGGUCCAAUUGGUCUUGUCCAAAAUGGAGAUAUAAUCACAAUUGACAUACAGAAAAGAAGAAUGGAUGUUCAACUGACCGAAGAACAGUUGGCAGAGAGGAGAAGGCAUUGGACUCCACCUGCAUAUAAGGCCUCAAGAGGAGUUCUAUAUAAGUACAUCAAAGAAUGUGACGUCUGCGUCGAAUGGGUGUGUGACCGAUGAAUAGGUAUGCGAAAUCCUCCUACAACACAGGUACUUCAACCGGUUUUUCGGCUCUACAAACUUAUGCAGAGGAGCAGAGUUCCAUAUAGAGCAGCUCAGAAUUUCAGUUUCUUUGUAGCUAAACUAGUGGUUUAAUUUUCAUUUAAAGCUUUAGCCAGAACUCAGUUGUGUUCAGUUCUUUCUUGCUUGCAUUUGUUUGGCUCAGACUUAGCUGGUAUUAUUAGACCAUUGUUGGGAUUGAAUGUCUUAUUGUUGGACUGUUGUUUAUGCUGAUGAAAGUCAUUAUUUAUUUAUUUA